CAUACGUUUCAGGCACAAGUUUCCACAACAACCGAUAAACGGAUGAAAUGUCCGAACCUAUAAACAGUUAUCGGGAUAAUAAAUAGAAAACCCUGAGAAUUAACAUCUGUUAUCUCGUCCUGUACAGCUCUCAUUCCCUCCAUGAAUCACAUCGAUGACCUGCCUGAUCAGACUGAACUCUUUCUUGUUCCAUAUCACAGAUCAACUAGAGCCGCAAUUUAAAUCUUUAAACCCAUUUAUUGAUGCUUAGCUGAGCAUCACGAGAUCUUUUGCGUUCUGCUAGCGUAACAUUAACCUCGGGUAAUUGCUCAACCUUUGCCCACUGUCAACCUUUGGUCCCGUACUCACAACAACGAGAGUCUUGGUCUGUGUCGGCAGGGAGUGUGGUUCCUGGAGACAAAUAAAAAAAAAAGAAGAAUGUGUGGGUGUUAGGAGACGUCUGCCGACUUGACCUCACUGCCCCUGAACGCAGAGCUGUCGUCUUCUUUUCUCCUGACCGUCCACUGGCCCAGUGAGGCUCCCUCCACACCAUGUCUGCAGAGGUGGAGAACAGCGUCCCUGCUGACAGCAACCCCGCUUCACCAACAACAGGCUCCACCUCCACCACCCCUCCUGCCUCUCCUGCCACGGCCACGUCCAAAAUCCCCUUCAAAAAAGAGAAAAAAGUUCCAGAAAAAACAGACGAGUACUUGCUGAGCAGGUUUAAAGGUGAUGGGGUGAGGUAUAAGGCUAAACUGAUCGGUAUCGAUGAUGUCUCAGACGCCCGCGGAGACAAGAUGUGCCAGGACUCUAUGAUGAAACUUAAGGGCAUGGCAGUAGCUGCUCGCUCCCAGGGCAAACAUAAACAAAGGAUCUGGGUCAACAUUUCCAUGUCGGGAAUCAAAAUCAUCGAUGAAAAAUCUGGAGUGAUUGAGCAUGAGCACGUGGUGAAUAAAAUCUCCUUCAUCGCCAGAGACGUGACCGACAACAGGGCGUUUGGGUAUGUGUGCGGUGCAGAAGGACAGCACCAGUUCUUUGCCAUAAAGACUGCACAACAGGCAGAGCCACUGGUUGUCGACCUGAAGGAUCUCUUCCAGGUCAUUUUCAACAUUAGAAAGAAAGAAGCGAAAACAACACAGAAGGGCGAAAAUGGCAGCGUUGUUGUUGAGAAUGGAAAUGAUGCCCUGUUGAAUUUUAACAAUGAAGCAAAAGCUGCUCAACCAGUGGAGGAGCUCAACCUUUUUGGAGCUGUGUCAACCCCCCCAGACAUCCAGGCUCCAAAUGACUCAAAUGACAUUUUUUUGCUGGACUUUUCCGCCGAAGUUGACAGCAAUCAAAAUUGCAUAAAGGGAAACUCCUUUGUCAUGUCGUGUUGUUCAGACAGUAGGACAGAGAACGCCCUUUCCUCAUCAUUUGGUUACUUCCCAGUCCCAGACAAUGACCCUUUCAGAGACGACCCUCUUUCUCCGCCAGCAGCCAAUAAUUCCCACGUCUUCACCACGGCUAAUACUGCACACACCGAUGCUGGCAGCACUCAUAUGGCCAUUGUUAACGGUGUCUUUCCUGAAAGUCUCAGUCACCAAAUUAACGGCUUAACCAGCAAGAACAUGAUCCUCGCGUUGAGUAACGGACAGUGGCCACUAGGGGGCAAAAUAACUCAAGGCAGCACAACAAGCAUGAUGGAUGGAAAUGAUUCUAGAUCGGUUCUCGCAAACAAAAAUCCCUUUUUUGACUCGCCUUUGAAAAAUUCACCCGUCACCAAUGGCGUGACUCAUCAAGCACAGGCCCCUGUCACCCAUAGCAAGGAUUCAGUUGUCAUAAGCCCACCUCCGCAGAACUCUAAGGCUGGACGAGGUCGAAGGAGUACAAAGUCGACAGGAAGUGACCUUUUUGGAGCAGAACUCUUUGCCGCUCCUGUUCAGUCUGAGGCUUCAGUGGCACCACAUGACCUCUUCAACAGUGCUGCGGCCAACUCUGCCCCUUCUUCACUAGCUGCCCUGGGGAACCUUCAGCUGAAUGCUCCAGCAGCCACCAGUGUCCCUGCAGUGAACAUGUGGGGAGCCUCCACUGCUCCACCCUCCAUGUUUCCUAUGCCAGGUGUGACAGCUCCAGGUCCAAUGCCUCACUAUCAACAGCCAUCUGGCUUUGGCGGCGUACCCAUACCACCCACGGCCUGGGGCCAGCCGGGGCCAUCUCAGUUUGGUGCCCCUCCACAUGCCUGGGGCCAGCCUCCACCUGCUGUUCUGCCUGGUACUGCAGGGUGGGGUCAGCCGGCAACAACCAAUCCUUUCCAUGCCGGCCCGUUCCCUGUAAUGGGUGAGCAGCCGGGUCCAGCUCGCCCUCCCCCUAGACCGCCCGCUAAAGAAGCACCACCCAAGGUGGAGAACAGUGCCUUCACGGCUUUGGACCCUCUCGGAGAUAAAGAAAAGAAGAGUGGAAAGGACAUGUUUAAAGAUUUUCAGAUAGCCAAGCCUCCAGCUAUCCCAGCCAGGAAAGGGGAGCUCGCGUCCAGUGUUGCCCCGGCCUCCAGCAGCAGCGAAGCCGGUGCAUUUGAUCAGUACUUUUCCAGUAAAGUGGGUGUGGCUCAGGAUGCCGCAGAUCACGACGAUUUCGAUAUCAAUCAAAUGUCGGCAGUUGUCAACGAUGUCCCAAAACCUGCUCCUGCUGCUAACCCUCCUCCAAGCUUUACCUCCGGCCUCCUGGGCGACGCCUUCUCUCAGGGACAAAGCCUCAAUCAGAACAUGUUUGAUGAUGCAUUCGGGGCUCCAACCUCUAGUCCAUUUGGGAUGCCUGUGACGGCGUCUGCUGGUAAGAGUUCUGGUACAGCCACCUUUGAUGAUCCUUUUGGAAAUCCCUUCGCUUGACAACAGACCUAAUAGUUAAUGGAAGUAGAGUAAAUGGAGCCAACUGAGAUAUUCACGUCGUUUGGACAAUCAACUUCAAAUCUGAGACAUUCCAAAACUCUUUUUUUCCUUUUGCUUCCAUAUAAUGCCGGAGUUUUCUUUCUAAUCAGUAGUUCUCUAAUUUCCGAAGACCACUUGAUCAAAAAAGUAAAUGCCAUGUCGUGAUCUGCUGAAGAAAGAAAUUGAAUGUGUGAGAGAAGUGAUGCCCAGUGAGGCGUACUGUGGAUGCUGUGUGUAUUACAGAAAUAAAAAAAAAAUUCAGCCUAAA